GUCAGAGCCCGAGACAGAGACAGAAGUGAAAAUCCGAUUGUGUCAUACGCUGAAGCUAAAGGAAAGUUAUCCCCGCUGUCUGCAGUUGGGAAGACCGUUGUUUUUGUGAAAAAUUCUUGUAAAAAUGGACUAAAUCGGUGUGGAAAGGAUCGCAAAAGAUUUGCUAGAGCACAGUUGACAAGUUGUUUGAGAUAACCGAACCCACAUAGCGCUACUCAUUCUGUAAGCACUGACUCAUCCGGAGGCAGGAAGAAGGGCCUCGAACAGCGGAGGAAGGAAGUAGGAUCGAGCGAAAAUGAUCGGCGGGUUGUUUGUUUACAACCACAAAGGGGAAGUGCUGAUAUCUCGUGUCUAUCGCGAUGACAUCGGGCGGAACGCGGUGGACGCGUUUCGGGUGAACAUCAUCCAUGCCCGACAGCAGGUUCGCUCGCCGGUUACCAACAUCGCGAGGACGAGCUUUUUUCAUAUUAAGAGAGCCAACAUUUGGCUCGCCGCCGUCACUAAGCAGAAUGUGAACGCCGCGAUGGUGUUUGAGUUUCUGCUGAAGAUCAUCGACGUGAUGCAGUCGUACUUCGGCAAGAUCUCCGAGGAGAACAUCAAGAAUAAUUUUGUCUUGAUCUACGAGUUACUUGACGAAAUUUUGGAUUUUGGAUAUCCACAAAACUCGGAUACUGGCGUCCUGAAAACGUUCAUCACCCAGCAGGGCAUCAAAACGGCGACGAAGGAGGAGCAGGCUCAAAUAACGUCCCAGGUUACCGGACAAAUCGGUUGGCGGCGAGAGGGUAUCAAAUACCGUCGUAAUGAGCUUUUCCUAGACGUGUUGGAGUACGUGAACUUGUUGAUGAGUCCACAGGGUCAGGUCUUGUCAGCCCACGUCGCCGGCAAAGUCGUGAUGAAGUCCUAUCUUUCAGGUAUGCCCGAGUGCAAAUUCGGCAUCAACGAUAAGAUCGUAAUGGAGGCGAAAGGUCGCAGUGGCAUUUCCGGCAACGCGGACAACGAAGCGUCCCGCUCGGGCAAACCGGUUGUGGUGAUUGACGAUUGCCAGUUCCACCAGUGCGUCAAGCUGAGCAAGUUCGAAACGGAGCACUCGAUCAGUUUCAUCCCGCCGGACGGUGAGUUCGAACUGAUGCGCUACCGAACGACCAAGGACAUUUCGUUGCCAUUCCGUGUGAUACCGCUGGUGCGCGAAGUCGGACGCACGAAAAUGGAGGUCAAAGUGGUGCUCAAGUCGAACUUCAAGCCGUCGCUGCUGGGGCAGAAGAUCGAGGUGAAAAUUCCCACUCCGCUGAACACGUCCGGAGUGCAGUUGAUCUGUCUGAAGGGCAAGGCCAAAUAUAAGGCUUCGGAAAAUGCAAUCGUGUGGAAGAUAAAACGAAUGGCUGGAAUGAAGGAGACUCAAUUAUCGGCGGAGAUUGAACUGCUUGAGACCGACACGAAGAAAAAGUGGACCCGACCACCGAUCUCGAUGAACUUCGAGGUGCCGUUUGCGCCUUCUGGUUUCAAGGUGCGGUACCUGAAGGUGUUCGAACCUAAGUUGAACUACUCGGACCACGAUGUGAUCAAAUGGGUGCGUUAUAUCGGCCGAAGCGGUCUGUACGAAACGCGGUGUUAGAACCAGUAGCGGUGCGCGACAACACAAUUGACUCUCGAUGUUUGUGGUAACCUAUUAGUAGCACUGGGGGAAAACUAAGAAAAUCAUUAAACAAAUGGACCGAUCAUAUAUACACAAUAAGACAAAAAAGAAAAGAAAUCCGAACAAAAACUCUGGAAAAUGCUCUAUGUUAAACGACACGUUUUGUAUGGUGGUCAUCAUUGGAACAGAGUUUGUUCCAUCAUCCUGCUGUCGAAUAAAACAAAAGCAUGAGGGCAGCGUAAGUACGUGGAAAAUAACGUUCAUAACGAAUGAAUAAACACACACACAUUGGAUAUACUUCAAAGUUAUCAAAGAAAAUUUAUAGAAACGGAAAAACAAAAUUCCUUAUUCUCGUUAUUACAAUUAUGAUAUACAGCUAUGAUAAUAUAAUUAUUCGUGGAUCAUCCUAAACAAAAAACAAACCAAUAAAUCUAGCAUAUUAGACGAUUGAAAAAGUGGUAGGCUAAAGUAGUAAAAUGCGAUAAUAGUAAAGUAUUAUCUUUGGCAGGCGGAAUAACCAUCACUUGCUUUUCGAUUUUGCUGUUGAGCGUUUCCGAUAUAAUUAGUCAAGGUUGAAUCUCUUGUUUACUAUUUUUACUAGCACAGUCAGUGGUGAUUAGACUGAUUCUUCGUUCUGUAUAUAACUGGCCUCACUAUAUCUGGCCGUAGCGAUUUGCUUUGAACCUAAUCCAUUCCAGUUAGACUUCGUUCUCCCUAAAUCUCGUCAUCGUAUCGUUUGUAGUUUCGAACGAAAGGUAUCAAGACUAACGCUCUAGAACGCAAAAAUUACCGAAGCGAUCGCCGAAAUAAGCAUUGCCGUGACAUAUGAUGUUCGAAAUAAUUGUACAAACUCCGAUACAGGUAUCCACAGCACACCACGAGUGAGGUAUGUGCACCGGAAGAGCAUAGCACAGACACGCAGCCGAAUACACACUCCGCUGUAUCCGCGCAGGCCAUAUAAUCAAUAGAAAUAAUUUGUUCUUUCAUGAUGCAAAGUUAGGUGUAUAAUUGCCCAUGAUUUUAAUCAACUCAAAACAACCACGGAUUCUUGGUUCCCAACAAUAUUUCGUGAGGCUAUUAGGGUUGGCGUUGGACGUCAGUGGUAACGGAAUCCCUGAACUCAAUCGCUCUAUUCAAAUGCGCUAGAGUCAACUCAACUAGAAUAAAACGCGAGUAGAUAAUAAUUUUAUUCCAUCGCAUAUAUCGGGGAUACCGACCAGCAUAGAAGCGAAAUCUUUAAGCGACUCCGAGAGCUAUUCAUUCUAUCCACAGCGAACAGGUGCGAUGCCGCAGAGGAGAGUAAAUUUGACGUGAACCCGAUCUACUAAAUGAUAUACACACAUGCUAAUGAUUGAAUGAAUUAUGCUGAUACUAUCUAUAUAUACACAAAGACAGAUAACGAUAUAGUAAUAUAAUGUGGAAUAAACUCAUGAGCAUAGUUGUUGAA